AUGAACUCAACAAACGAACAAUCUUCGUCGACGGCAAAUCUACAGCAGCAAACGCAAAACCAGCAAAACCAGCAAAUACAGCAACAGGAGAAGACUGAUAAAGAAAGACAGAUGGCCGAACUAUUGGUGACUAUGGACAAUUAUACACCUAUUAUACCCGAUGCAGUCAUUGAUUAUUAUUUAAACAAAACAGGCUUUGAUUGUGAUGAUGCUAAAAUCAAGAAGCUCUUUGCUUUGGCAGCUCAAAAAUUUGUGGCUGAUAUUGCAACAGACGCUUUUCAAUACAACAAAGUUAGACAAGCAGGAUCCCGUAGCGCAAGUAAAUCGAAUAAGAAAACAGUUUUGACUAUGGACGAUCUAUCAUCUGCUCUAGAGGAGUACGGAAUAAAUGUCAAAAAACCAGACUAUUACAAUUAA